AUGGAAACAAUUCAACCCUCUUCUCCAGGCGAGCCUUCUCAUGAAGGGAGCCAAAAUCCUAUGGACUCUCCUCCUUCCACGAUUCCCCUAGAUGAACCACAGUUUCGCGAUACCGAAAGCACUGCGGGCUCCAUCAUUGUACUGGAUGAUGACGACGACCAGACUGCAGCUUCCACAUCGCGACCGCGGCGUGCAAACAAAAGGCCGCUUGACUAUAGCUACCGAGACUAUGAACAGCUGAUGGAGGCUGUUGCCGCACGCAAUCCUCCACGCAGACGGAAGAGGCAGAAAAACGCCGAUACGCUGUCACUUGAAUCCACAUUGGAACAAUUUUCCCAGGAUGUUCGGGAUCAGGGCCAAGCGUGGAUACAGGAGAUCAAAGAUCUUCGAUACGCGCUGAGGAGUUUAUACGAGCGAAGAGAAGACCUUGAAGAGAAGCUUCGUGCGUCAGAAGAGAAGACACAGAAACUCCAACGGGCUCUUGAUGAACGAAAAAGCCUCCAGUACUUGCAGUGUCAGAUCUGUUACAAGUCAAAGGAAUAUUGGCGCGUACUUGGCUGUGGCCAUGUGUAUUGUACUACCUGCAUAAGUGACAUGAACACGGCUGAGCCACUAUUCAACUCCAACUGUCCUUGCUGCAGAGAGCGCAUCGUAUCCUGCAAGGCCUUAUAUCCAGAACUAGUUGAACAUCAGAUUUAA